AUGGCUUUCACCGAGAGCUCAGCAUCACCUCGGACCACCUCGAACCACUCCGGCGUCUGCGUCGCUUGCAUGGGCGAGAUCGAGGGCGAGGCAAAGCUCGUCGCCGGCUCUCCAAUAUGCGAAGAUUGCAUACGCACAGGAAUCAUCCCUCAGUUCUACGAUGCGUUGAAAACGGAGCUGAAACAUCCGGUGAAAUGGGGAACGGACGAGCUCCAGCCGGGCGCCUUUUAUGAGUACUUCGAUGACUGGGACAGCUUCUUCAAGACCUGGCUGUCGAAGGACAGCGAGUACAAGAAGCUGCGGAGUAAGCGGCUGUAUUGUCGCGAGUGCGGUUCAUACAUUCGCGAAAAGCCGUACUCUCCGCACACCGAGGACAACUUGACUGCCGAAUGCAAGAAAUGCGGAACCAUCAUAUGCGGAGCGUGCGGCUCCGACGGGCACAGCGCCAACAACUGCCCGAAGAAGGACGAACCAGAGGAGGAUGCGCUGGCGGGAGUGGCAAAUGCUAAGAGAUGUCCUAAGUGCGAUACAGCGUUUUACCUCCACGACGGUUGCAAUGAGGUCACUUGUUUGGCAUGCAAAGCCGUAUGGUGCUGGUGCUGCAUGAAACUCCAACCCCGUCGAGACCAUUGGGCUCCUGGACAGCCAUGUCCAAAGUGGAAUCAGGCCGGCGACGAGGACGCUCAGUGGCUUGAUCCCGACGACGAUUCAGAAGAAGAAGUAGAAGAAGAAGCACUGAGCCCCGAAGUCGAGAUCCCUCCAGAGGUGACUGACUUCGUCCCGGCGACGCUUGACCACCCGCUGGUGAUGGACUUUCUGUCAGAACUGGCCUUUUUGGACCUCUUCAACCACGAAGACGUCACGUCACGCGAGGCUCUCCAGGCCCACCGAGCUCUGCUAGGCCUGCCAGGGAUCGAUCCAGAGCGGCGCGGACGAACGCCACAAGAGCGGCAGGAGCGCGCUUUCGGAGCGGUGACAACCUUUGGCGAACAUGCCAACGCAACCAUGGACGAGAUCCUGCGCGAAGAGGAUAAGUAUCUCGCGAUGGACAGACAUGGCGAAAACCUCGAGCUGGCCGUGAACGACCAUAUCGCCAUCAUACGCUCAUACCCGAGGGUUUUUCAGAGCAGGGAGUUGUUGGACGUGAACUUUUUUCUCUUCGUCAUCGCGGAGGUGCACCUUCGCGUCAUGCCUGAGCGGCUGCUUGUCGCGGCUUCGGAUCGUCACCGUUUCCGUAUUCAUAUGAUGUGGGAGCCUGAGGACGCCGGAGAGGAUGCUGAAGCUGAGACGCCUGCUGGAGAUGUCGCUUGA